AUGACUGUGUCUGUGGCAGUUAUCUGUCUUUUUGAAACUAUUCUGUUGACCUACCUGAGUUACAAGGGCAACAUUUGGGAGCAGAUACUUCGGUUGACGUUCAUCCUGGAGACGGUGAACACAGUGCCUUUCCUGCUCACCAUCCUGUGGCUUCCUCUGCGGAACCUCUUCAUCCCUGUGUUCCUGAACUGCUGGUUGGCCAAGCACGCCUUGGAGAACAUGAUAAAUGACCUGCAUCGUGCCAUUCAGCGAACACAGUCUGCCAUGUUCAACCAGGUGCUCAUCCUCAUCUCCACUCUCUUCUGCCUCAUCUUCACCUGCAUCUGUGGCAUCCAGCACCUGGAGCGGGCGGGCAAGAGGCUGACGGUGUUCGACUCCUGGUACUUCUGCGUCGUCACCUUCUCCACAGUGGGCCACGGCGACGUCACGCCCAACGUGUGGCCCUCCAAGCUGCUGGUGAUCAUCAUGAUCUCUGUAGCCCUGGUGGUGCUGCCCAUACAGUUUGAGCAGCUGGCCUACCUGUGGAUGGAGAGGCAGAAGUCGGGGGGGAACUACAGCCGUCACCGCGCCCAGACGGAGAAACAUGUGGUGCUGUGUGUCAGCUCCCUCAAGAUAGACCUUCUGAUGGACUUCCUCAACGAGGUCUACGCCCACCCCGGGCUGCAGGACUACUAUGUCAUCAUCCUGUGUCCAACAGAGAUGGACGCCCAGGUGCGCCGGGUGCUCCAGAUCCCCCUGUGGUCCCAGCGGGUCAUCUACCUCCAGGGAUCGGCCCUCAAGGACCAGGACCUCAUACGAGCCAAAAUGGACAAUGCAGAGGCUUGUUUCAUCCUAAGCAGUCGCUGUGAGGUGGACCGCACCGCCGCAGACCAUCAGACCAUUCUGCGAGCUUGGGCUGUGAAGGAUUUCGCUCCAAAGUGCCCCAUUUACGUCCAGAUUUUGAAGCCAGAGAAUAAAUUCCAUGUGAAAUUUGCAGAUCAUGUAGUGUGUGAGGAGGAAUUCAAGUACGCCAUGUUGGCCCUGAACUGCAUCUGUCCAGCAACCUCCUCCCUCAUCCUACUGGUCCACACUUCACAGGGCUGGGAGGGGCAGCAGUCUCCAGAGGAGUGGCACAGGACUUAUGGCAAGUGUUCCGGGGAUGAGGUUUACAACAUCGCCAUGAGAGACAGCAUAUUCUUCUCAGAAUACAUGGGGAAAAGCUUUACCUACACCUCCUUCCACACGCAUACGAAGUAUGGUGUGUGUCUGAUCGGGGUGUGCCGGGAGGACAGUAAGAGCAUCCUGCUGAAUCCCGGGCCACAGUUCAGAAUGAGCCCCAAUGACAGCUGCUUCUACAUCAACAUCACUAAGGAGGAGAGCACUACCUUUAAGACCCAGGGGGAGAGGACGGGGAGCCGGCCCUGCUUGCCUGUACACAGUGUAAUCGCUUGCAUGGGCACUGUGGCCAUAGACCUCCAGGACACAGGCUGUGGGCCCUCUCUCUGUCUCCCCCCGGAGGAAAUCAAGGGUAACAGCAGGAGGCCCAGCAUUGGCCCCGUGCUAGAGGUGCCAGACACUUCCUCUAUGCACACAGGUGACCUCUAUAGUGACCAAUCAGUAGACGAGACCAUGCCCUCCAACGAGGACCUAUCAACUGAGGGCUAUAUGAAAGGCUAUCCUCCCAACCUGCCCUACAUCGGUAGUUCUCCAACACUGUGCCAUCUAUUGAAGGAGAAAGUACCAUACUGUUGCCUCAGACUGGAAAAGGGUUGUGAGCAUAACAACUUUGAGGAUGCCAAAGCCUACAGCUUUAAGAACAAGCUGAUUAUUGUAUCGGCUGAGACGACGGGGAAUGGACUGUACAACUUCAUCAACUUCAGAUCUGGAAGAGUCUGGCUUACUGGCGGAUCCUGGCAGACUGACGGAUCUGGCUGCUCCAUGUUGACUGGCGGCUACGAGCAGGGCUGGCACAGGACGUGCAAGGCUAGGCCUGACACACAGUUCCUGGAGGCUGUCUGUGGGUUCCCCAUGGUUUACUACAUGGUGGGCUCCAUCGAUAACCUGGAUGACCUCCUGCGUUGCGGUGUGUCCUUUGCAGCCAACAUGGUGGUGGUGGACAAGGAGAGCACCAUGAGUGCAGAAGAGGACUACAUGGCUGAUGCCAAGACCAUCGUCAAUGUGCAGACACUGUUCAGGUUGUUCUCCAGUCUCAGUAUCAUCACCGAGCUAACCCACCCCGCCAACAUGAGGUUUAUGCAGUUCAGAGCUCAGGACUGGUACUCUCUGGCUCUCUCUAAACUGGAGAAGAAAGAGCGGGAGAAAGGCUCCAACCUGGCCUUCAUGUUUCGCCUGCCGUUUGCUGCAGGGAGGGUCUUCAGUAUCAGCAUGCUGGACACUCUCCUCUACCAGUCGCUUGUCAAAGACUAUAUUAUCUCCAUCACCAGGCUGCUGCUGGGCCUGGACACCACCCCGGGCUAUGGAUUCCUCUGCUCUAUGCAGAUCUCUGAGGAUGACCUGUGGAUCCAGACAUAUGGAAGGCUCUAUCAGAAACUGUGUUCCACCGUCGGUAACAUUCCCAUCGGCAUCUACAGGACCGAGUCCCAGACAGCAGAUUCCUCUGAGGAGUCACAGAUCUCGGUGUGCGUGGAGGACUUAGACGACCCCAAGGAGCAGAGAGACCGAGAACUCCCCCCUGUGGCCGGAGGGCUCCACCACACCUCCACCUCCAGCGACCCAUCGGACGGGAAGGCUCCCCUGCUGAGGAGGAAGAGCGUGCAGUGGGCGCGGAAGCUGAGCUGGAGGGGGACUCGAGGGAACCAGCGGGGGGCUCAGAGGGGGGGGGGCAGCAGGGUCUGAGGGCCAGCAGGGUCUGAGGGCCAGCAGGGUCUGAGGGCCAGACGCUCGGAGAGACAGGAGCUGGACGAGCUAGUCAGCAACAGGAUGAAAAGCCUUGGACUCUGGGCCACGGCUUGCGAUGACAUGAGUGAGAACCAGACUACUCACUCCCACACAUACGUGUUGAUCAACCCACCUCCUGACACCAGGCUGGAGCUCAAUGACAUAGUGUAAGUAUGGCAGCACAUAGAAAAGUAGGGGCCUGAAGAAACGGUUGAUGAGAUGCAAUAAAGUAGAAGCAAUCAAGAAAGUGGCAAACUCCAUAUUACUACCCUGUAUUACUACUCCAUAUUACUCCAUAUUACUGCUCCAUAAUACUACUCCAUAUUACUGCGUAUUACUACUCCACAUUAAUCCAUAUUACUGCUCCAUAAUACUACUCCAUAUUACUCCGUAUUACUACUCCGUAUUACUACCCCGUAUUACUCCAUAUCACUACUCCACAUUACUCCAUAUUACUACCCCGUAUUACUCCAUAUUACGACUCCGUAUUACUUCAUAUUACUACUCCAUAUUACACGAUAUUACUCCAUAUUUCUACUCCACAUUACUACUCCACAUUAUUACUCCAUAUUUCUACUCCAUAUUAGUACCCCAUAUUACUCCAUAUUACUACUCCAUGUUAUUACUCCAUAUUACUACUCCAUGUUAUUACCCCAUAUUACUCCAUAAUACUACUCCACAUUACUCCAUACUACUCCAUAUUACUACUCCAUGUUACUACUCCAUAUUAUUACUCCAUAUUUCUACCCCGUAUUACUCCAUAUUACUACUCCAUAUUACGACUCCAUAUUACGACUCCAUAUUGCUCCAUAAUACUACUCCAUAAUACUACUCCAUAUUACUACUCCAUAUUACUCCAUAUUACUACUCCAUAAUACUACUCCAUAUUACUACUCCAUAUAAAUCCUGCAUGUUACUACUCCACAGUACUCCAUAUUACUACUCCGUAGUACUCCAUAUUACUAAUUCACAUUACUACUCCAUAGUACUACUCCAUAUUACUCCACAGUACUACUCCAUAUUACUCCACAGUACUACUCCAUAUUACCCCACAUUUCUAUUCCACAUUACUACUCCAUAUAACUCCUCCAUGUUACUACUCCGUAGUACUCCAUAUUACUAAUUCACAUUACUACUCCACAGUACUACUCCAUACUUACAUUCACAUAUUAUUAUAUAUGUUUAUAUAUGUUUGUGCACACAGUAUCUUUGUUAGGAAUUGAAAAGAUCAAACCAUUUAGAGUCGCAGAGGAGAGUUCAUCAUUUCACAUCAACAAUAGGAUGGAGAACUUCUUAAUCAACACUUAAUCAUCACACAACCUGCCUAUACUGUUGUGCUGGGGUUGGUUAAAGGGAUAGUUCACUUUUUGCACUGCUAACUGAUACAAUCGGUUUCCACUAGCAUUGCUACAAUACCAAAAACAUGAACUAUUCCUUUAAUGCCAUAAUUAGGUUUUUACGUCCUACAGUUCACAUUGCAUUGUAAAAAGCGGGGGGGGGG